AUGUCUCAGCAAUAUAAUAUUAGUUCUGGUGUGGGAGGGACCAACAACAACAACAAUAAUAAUACAUCUAAUAAGAGGAAUAUUGGAGGUGGAGCUGGUAUAGGAAAUCUUAAGACAGAGUUAUUGAAUGAACAAAAGCAAGAGAUAAGAGAGGCGUUCUCAUUGUUUGAUAUGAAUAAUGAUGGAUGCUUGGAUUACCAUGAGUUAAAAGUUGCAUUCAGGGCACUUGGGUUUGAUUUAUCUAAACGUGAAGUUUUAGAUAUAUUGCAUGAAUAUGAUACUGAUGACUCUAAUCUUAUCACUUAUGAAAACUUUUUCAAAGCAGUAGGAGAAAAGAUAUUGAGACGAGAUCCAUUAGAUGAAAUAAAAAGAGCAUUCAAGUUAUUUGACGAUGAUAAUACCGGUAAGAUCAGUUUAAGAAAUUUACGAAGGGUUGCAAAAGAAUUAGGUGAGAAUUUAACCGAUGAUGAAUUAAGAGCCAUGAUCGAUGAGUUUGAUUUAGAUGAAGAUGGUGAAAUCAAUGAACAAGAGUUCAUAAAUAUCUGUACCGAAUAG